CAGAGGGCUCCGGGCUGCGAAGGCCCUGGGGUCAGUGCGGAUGUCAGCGUCACUUCUGGGGAGGGAGGCAGGGACCCAGCCCUGACAGAUGGCCUGCAGGAGCCGUCCUAAUCCUUUUAGCUCAUCCCCUAAUGCGCCCAUACGUGGCUCCUUCUAAAGGUGCCCCAGCCAUCGCGGGGUCCAUGGAUGACAGAGAGGACUGGAGCCCAGCCCCUCCGAUGUAUGAGGAGUACCGGCCGCCCCCGCUGGACGCCAUCCGCCUGCCUCGCUAUGCCAUGUACCUGCUGAUGGCCGCCAUCCUGGUGGUGGCCGUGGCCUACGCCAUAGUUGGCCACCUCAUCAAAGACCUAGCCCACGACCUGGCUGACUGGGCCUUUGGCCCCAAGCCCGACCAGGAGGAAGGUCCCCGAGAGCUGCGGGCCAGCCUGGCCGCCGAGGACCUGGAAGAGCUGGACCUUCAGCUGGCCCUGGCCUGGCGCGGGGAGGAGGACCCUGCCCGCGCUCCGCGACGCCCCUCCAUCGCCUUCAAGGACCCGCCCGUGCAAACCAAAUUUUGGAGGCUGGGCUGACCUGGCGGGACAGCCCCUGAGACUCUGCUGGGCAGAGCGGUUUCCACGGGCCCUGUGUCCCCACCGCUGCUGCAGUUGGGCCACCUGUGUGUGCCGCAGACAUGUGUGGCCCAUAACACAGGGUUUGGCCGUCCUGAAACUCACAAUUCUCCCGCCUCAGCUUAAGUGCUGGGUUGCAGACUCCACCCUCACUUUAUUAAGACUUGUAGAUAGGAUCUUACGUAGCCCAGGCUAACCUGGAAUUGAUGUAUAGUAGAGGAUGAUCUUGAACUUCUGAUCCUCCUGUCUCCACCUCCUGACAGGUGUGCCCCGCCCCCCAGCUUUUGUGGCAUUGGGAAUGGAGCUCAGCGCCUCCAACAGGCUGGGCCUGACAUUUUCUCCUUUUUGGUUUUUUUAUGGCAGGGUUCCUCUGUGUAACAACCCUGGCCAUCCUGACACUGACAGACAUCUGCCUGCAACAUUGCUUCUUCAUUAUGCAAUUCCUCACACAGACUCCCGCCCCAGGGGUGUUUGCUGAGAGGAGGAGAGACUGCAGCCAGAUUCACGUACAGAUUAAAAGUUAGAGCAUCCAAGUGCUGUCACCUCCCUGUCUACCUGGCCCUCCUCCCCCACCCACAUAACCUUCCUGGGUGCCUCCAGGGAGCCUAGCAGCACAGAUGGGAAACCGAGGCAGGCCGCUGAAGAAUGUCUAGGUGAAGUCUCACGGGAGACUUGUCAUACCCAGCACAGAACUAUGCAUUAGGGUCCUGUCCCCCUCAGACUUCAGAAGGCUGAGGCAGGAGAAUGGCAAAUUCCAGGCCAGCCUCAGCUAUGGAGCAAAAGAAGCCAGGUGGGGUGAAGCCCCUGGGCUGUGAGACCCGUGGCCCAGCCAUUCCUCGAUGGCCCACCUCGCUGGCAGGCCUGUCAGUGUGGGCGCCUGAUGGCCUAUGAGGACACGUAUACAGUAGGAGCUUAAUCUAGGCCUGCCUGACAGGUUGAAGCAGGUCCUUGCUGACUCUGCUCAGCAUUCACCUGAAGGGUCUGUCUGUCGUGGCAUCUGGAGGGCGAGGGCGGGGCUCUAUAACCAUCCACACAGCAGUUUUCAAACUUUUAGUCUGGCUGUCCUUAACCUGAGUUCUGAGUUCAGUUCCCAGCAACCACACGGUGGCUCACAACCAUCUACAGUGAGAUCUGGUGCUCUCUUCUGACGUGCA